AUGGCAACCAAGCAAGCAACCGCGGCGCCAACACGCUCGCAUCUCUCCCUCAAGGGCAGCACGGCGAUCGUGCACGAGUUCUUCUCUUACUCGCUGCAGUCUAUCCUCUACCAGCGUGAACUGUACCCGCCGGAAGACUUCAAGGCGGUCAAGAAGUAUGGCCUGCAGAUCCUCGUCGCCACGGAUGAGGAACUGCAGGAGUACCUCGAGAAGAGCAUGGCGCAGAUCAAGCAGUGGCUCGAGCAGGGCUCCAUCGAGCGGCUCGUCGUCGCAAUCAUUGAGAAGGGGAGCGGGGAAGUACGAGAGCGGUGGCAGUUCGAUGUGCAGGUGACGGCAAAGGGCACAGACGAGGCGCAGGAUGGGAAAGAGAAUGUCAACCCUGUAGCGUCAUCAGCACCAGUAACAACAAAAGGGAAAAAGGAAGGAAAGCAAAAAACAGACGCAGACGUACGCGCAGAGAUCGCAGCCAUUAUCAAGCAAAUCACAGCGAGCUGCACGUUUUUGCCGCUACUAGAUGAGGAGUGCGCCUUCCAGAUCCUCGCAUACACAAAAAGCACAGCACCCGUCCCAGACGAGUGGGUCAUCUCUUCUCCGCAGCUGAUCGACGAGAAGAAGGCAGAGCAAGUACGACUCCGAUCCUUUAGCACCGCCGUACACCGUGUUGAGGCAAUGGUCGCAUAUAGACGCGAUGUAGAGGAUGAAGAUGGGGAGUGA